AAAUUCCUAAGAGGGGUGGGGCUGUGCAGUAAUGGCUGUUGGUGGAGGUGUCUCUUCUCUAGGCAUUGGUGACUUGCAUGAUGUCAAAACUGAGCUAAAAGAGUUUAAUACGUCUGACUGGAGGAAAUUUGGAUCAGUAGCUGGCCUCAGAUACAAUACUCUUAAUAUAAUACAAGAAAACAAAACAAAAGUUGAGGAUCGCUUUGAAGAGUGUUUGGCUUGCUGGUUGAGGAGAGAGGAUAAAGUUGAUAGUAAAGGAAAGCCAUCAUGGAGGAGAUUAGCAGAUAUAUUAGAGGAACUUGGAGACAAAGCCUUGGCAGAUAAAAUUAGAAGCAGAAAAGGAGAGCAACAACUUGAUCGAAAGAUUUCUGUUCAUUGUAAUUUAAGGAGAGAGUAUUAUAGAAUGAGCACUGAAUAUGGAGCUAUAGUGGAACGUUUUGUUAAUCUGGUUUGCAAAAAGAGGAAGGUUCUGGAUGUACUUAAAACAAAAAUGAUUAAUCAUUGGUCAGUGAGCAAGGAAGAAAUUGUUAAAUUGAAUCUAAGCAAUAAAGGCCUACAAGGUGAACUGAUAUAUAUAAUUGGAAGGCACUGCUCUUCAUGGAACUUUGACCUACUAAUUAUUUUAACACAACAAAUGCAAAUGACUACUAUUACAAAGGAGCUAAAUCAAUUUAAAGAGAAACAGGACAAGACAUAUAAGGAGAUUUUAGCAAGAGAUUUUGCAGAAAGUGAUAUUGAAUAUUGUGGUAUAAUAGGUAGUCAAAAGAAACAUUCAUUGGAACCUCAUCAGUUGUCAUUAGAGAAUGAAGAAAAUGAGAAAGAGUCAUUGCAGCAGAGUGAGGAGGAAGCAGAAGAACAUUAUACACAAGAAGACAGUGGAUCUGGUGAAGGAUAUGCUUGUUUGAUGUUUUAUGAGAAGAAUUCUUUUAUAUAUUUCACUGCUAUACCAGUUAAAAUGUUGACUGCUCUUCAUGAGUACAUCAAAGAUCAUCAUCGUUUUGCUGACAUUGGUCCAAUUCAUUAUUUUCAUUUCAAAUGGUUCAAUGGUUUUAUUGAAUUGAAUUUUAAUGAGAAACCAUCAACUGGUUGGACUAUUAUUCCGUUAAUUAAACCUUGCAGGUUAUAUCAAGAGGAUAUUGAUUCAUUUGAUGGAACUGAUGGGUCUAUUCCUCCAUAUUGUUUCAUAUCAUUUGAAGGAUCACCUGAUGCUGUCCCUACACUACACUACUCUGUACCACUGGUGGGUGUGGCUGAUCCUGUUACAUUAUUUAUUCAUAGAACAUUGAAAUGCACUGCUCCACCAGUUGCCCCUUAUACUGGACUGGUGUAUCAUGAGAAGAAGGAAGAUCAACAUUUGAUAAUAUUUACUGCAGCAAGACUGAAAGAUAUCAGUACUACUGUAACUUGCAUAGAGGAUCAGUAUCCAUUAGCUAGAAUCAAUCAACUGAUUCAUUUUGAUUUUGAUUCAAAUCAUGAUUAUAUUGAAUUGAUACUUGAUGCUCCUCAAGAUCAGUCAAUCACUGGAUGGACUAUUGAACCUCAAUCCACUAAAUUCCUCAAAGAUCAAUUUGACAGAUUUAGUUUUACUAAAGAUUUUCUUCCAUCUUGUCUUGUAUCUUUUCAUGCAUCACCUGAUGCUGUUCCUAUACUACAUUAUUCUGUACCACUGGAAGGUGUGGCUGAACCUAAAACAAUCGAUUUAUUGUUAAAAUCUCCUAUGACAUCAUCGCAAGUGUCCUAUGUUGGAUUGAUAUAUUAUGAAUGGAAAGGAAAGGAAUAUUUAAUGACAUUUACCGCCUCAAAGAAGUUAAAUCAUCUACUUCAAUACAUUGAGGAGUAUCAUCCAUUGGCUGAGAUUGGUCAAGUUUAUAAUUUCUCCUUCAGUCCCUCCAGUGGUUUUAUUGAACUAUUGUUUGAUGACUCUUGUAAAGGAUGGACUGUACAACCAUUAGUUGAACCAUGUAGAUUGUAUCAAGAUGACAUUGACAGAUUUGAUGAAGCUACUUAUCCUUUUCCUCCAUCUUGUCUGGUAUCAGUGUAUGGAUCACCUGAUGCUGUUCCUAAACUACAUUACUCUGUACCACUGGAAGGUGUGGCUGAUCCUGUUACAUUGUGGAUUGUUAGAAAACUUCAGCUAGAAAAAGAUGAAUUAGAAGUUAUUUCCAGUCAUAAAGCUACUUUUGAAAAAGAUUAUGAGAAACUAAAAGCUACAGUUGCUGAUAAAGAAGCUGAAAUAGAAGAAGAGAAAAAACAAGUAGAGGAAGAGAAGAGACACUUAGAGAAGCAAUAUCUCAUAGAGAAACAGAUCACUAAAGAACUGAAAACUAAAGUUACUGAUAAUGAAUUAUAUAUUGCCAAACUGUUGAAGGAGAGGGAGCAAUUACAGGAGAGAGUCACAUCCUUAGAGGAACAAUCCAUGAAAGAGACUAGUUCCAAGGAAGUGCAAUUUAAUUACAUGAUCCCUUUAAUGGAUAAUUUGGAUUUCCUGAGUGAUGUCCAGGUAGCAGAAAAGAAACUUUUAGUAUUUCAAGGAAAGAAACCUCAACUGAUGAAUUGGGAGAAGUAUGGUCUAAGGAUUGGAGUAUCAGGGGAUAGUUUACUAUCAUUUAAAGCAGCAGAUGCAGCAGUUGUUGCUCUUGUAGGAGGACAGUUCCAGUUUCCUCCUAAUACUAUCCUAGUCAGUGCUGUGUAUGCAGUAUCACUCUCAAAGCCUCUACUGAAGCCAUUACAACUAGAGAUACAGCACUGCAUUGAUUUAACAAGACAACCAGAUCUUGCACAAUACUUAAAGUUUGCUAUAGCUCCCGUGAGCACACUCAGUCUUCCUUACCAAUUCUCAAUAGUUGAGGGAGGAGAGUUUAGCUCUAAUGGUAGCUAUGGAUUCAUUAAAUUUCAACAUGAAGAGCCCUGUUUGGUGUGUAUUUUAGGUACUGCAUCUGCAGGCAUAUCAGAUAGAAUGAUAUAUAAAAUGAUGAUGCACUAUGAACAGGAAGGUGUAGAGGAUCUAGUGACAUUAGUUGCAGCUAAAGAUCUGAAUGCUCUUAUUGAGUAUAUUGAACGAAGACAUCCUCAAACAGAAAUAGGACAGCAUGUCCCCUUUAGUUUUGAUCCUUCAAGUGAUUUUAUUGAGUUCAUUCUUGAUGCUCCACAGAUAUAUUCGCUCACUGGUUGGACUAUACAAGCACAUAUUAAACCUUGCAGGAUGUAUCGUCAUGACAUUGAUAAGUUUGGUGAAAAAGAGUAUCCUCUUCCUCCAUCUUGUCUGGUAUCAGUGUAUGGUUCACCUAAUGCUUUUCCUACACUACAUUACUCUGUACCACUGGAAGGUGUGGCUGAUCCUGUUAGAUUAUUUAUUCAUAGAACAUUGAGAACAACAGUACAUGAAUCAACGUCAGUAUCAUCCACUGGAGGAGCUAGUCCAUCAGCUACUGUUGAUGUCAAUAAAGUAAAGAAAGUGAUCGAUGAUGUUCUUGUAUCUCAUUAUGCUGCACUCAAUUCUUUACCUAAGAAGUCUCUUACUGGUCUUGUCAAUCAGUUGUACACAGCUAAGCUUAUUAGUAAUAAAGUUAGGGAAGAUCCUUCAAUGGAAGGGUGCAUUACAGAGUUCAAGGCUGUUCUUAGUUUUAAGAGGAAGUUGCCUCAAGUAGAGGAGUACUGUCAAAAGUUCUUAAGCUCGUUCAUUGCUGUAGGAGGCCCUUAUGCUGAUGCAGCAACGGUCUUUCAUGAAGACUGGAUUGAAGCUAUUAGGAAUGAACUGGGAUUUGAUUUUAAUAUUAAUAUUGAUGCUUAAC